AAAAUUCCCUGAGAGAUGAUAAAUGGCCAUUAUCCCAGCCGGCAUUUCCACACACAAAAAAAGAGUUAGUGGCCAGAAGUCUCAGCUAAACAGUGACCAUUUGCAAGUCUCCAAGGUAUAUCCUCAGCAGACACAUUAUCAGAUUAAAGAAUUGCAAACAAACUGGGCUGAAACCUUUCUUUGUCCAAGCCCAGCCUCUUCUUCCUGUGAUGUCACAUUACAAAUCUAGCAAGCCUUUAUUUUGCACUUCAGACAAAGUCCAUCACACAAUACAGCUGGCAAGGGAAGAAAAGCCCUCAUUCAGCAAGAGCUAACACGCUUAGGAAUUUAUUUUGAAACAUUUAAAAGACUCUUCUGCUUACCACCACCUGGGAUCCACUACCAGAGCACCAAAAAGGAAAACUUCAUUUUAAAAAAGCAAGAAGUAAAUAGACCGAAUUGGAAAUGUUUAAAUCUCUGAAAGUCUGCAUUGAAAAAGCAAAAUAAAAUUGCUAACUUCAGCUUAAACAUUCUGGAGCAUAAAGAACUUUAAUCUUGGAAUAUUAUCCUGACUACUGGAAUGCAAGUUUCCUGAAAGAGUAGUAGAUCUAUUCUAUCUCAGAGCACAACAUUUCUUUACAAUUUAUAAUCCAAUGGGUUGGCUUCACUAACUACAUUUUUUAAAGGUUGCUUGUCACUUAACAAGCCCUGGAUUCACAGAUUUUUCUGGAGAGUAGAAAAACUCUCCAGAGAAAGAGACUAUUUUCCUGUUGAAGAACCAAGUGGAAACUUUACAGCAACAAAUUUUGUUUCUUUUGGAAACUCUGGAGAAAAAUGAAAUAUUUAUGAAACCAUCCAAAAAUCCAAAGAAUUUACAAAUACGCUGGAGGUUUUAAAGUGGUCACAAUCUGAAUACCAAAGGAGGCUGCUGCUAACCAAAGGAGGCUGCUGCUGACCAAAGGACUUCAACACAGUAAACUGAACGUGCCUUUAUAAUGGUAAGCAAUAACAGCUCCCAAUGCUCCUAUGAUGACUCCUUUAAGUAUACUUUGUAUGGGUGCAUGUUUAGUAUGGUGUUUGUGCUUGGGUUAAUAUCCAACUGUGUUGCCAUAUACAUUUUCAUCUGCACCCUCAAAGUGCGAAACGAAACUACAACGUACAUGAUUAACUUGGCAGUGUCAGACUUGCUUUUUGUUUUCACUCUACCCUUCAGGAUUUUUUACUUUACAGCACGGAAUUGGACAUUUGGGGAUUUACUUUGUAAAAUUUCAGUGAUGCUGUUUUACACCAACAUGUACGGAAGCAUUCUGUUCUUAACCUGCAUUAGUGUAGAUCGAUUUCUGGCAAUUGUCUACCCAUUUAAGUCAAAGACUAUAAGAACCAAACAAAACGCAAAAAUUGUUUGCAUUGCUGUGUGGUUAACUGUGAUAGGAGGAAGUGCACCAGCAGUUUUUUUUCAGUCUACCCACUCUCGGGGUAACAAUACCCCAGAAGCCUGCUUUGAAAAUUUCCCAGAAGCCACAUGGAAAACCUAUCUCUCAAGGAUUGUAAUUUUCAUUGAAAUAGUGGGAUUUUUUAUUCCUCUAACUUUAAAUGUAAUUUGUUCUAGUUUGGUGCUAAGAACUUUAAAUAAACCUGUUACAUUACAUAAAAGCAAAAUAAACAAAACCAAAGUUUUAAAAAUGAUUUUUGUACAUUUGGUCAUAUUCUGUUUCUGUUUUGUGCCUUAUAAUAUCAACCUUAUUUUAUAUUCUCUUAUGAGAACACAGACAUUUGUUAAUUGCUCAGCAGUAGCAGCAGUAAGGACAAUGUACCCAAUCACUCUCUGCAUUGCUGUUACCAACUGUUGCUUUGACCCAAUAGUUUACUACUUCACGUCAGACACAAUUCAGAAUUCAAUAAAAAUGAAAAACUGGUCUGCUAGGAGAAAUGACUCCAGAUUCUCUGAUGUUCAAGGCACGGAGAACUUUAUUCAACAUAGCCUACAGACCUUAAAAACUAAGAUAUCUGACAAUGAAUCUGCAAUAUAAACUGCUUGAAAUAAAACUACUGGAACUUCACUGGGACAGAACCUCCAAGUUGCUUCAACUGUGAAAAGCUCUCUUUUUUCACCUUUGAAAGAAAAAAAGCUUGUGGACAUUUUAAAGUUUUUAGUACUAAAAAAAGUUGUAUUCAAUGUUUAAGAAUUCAAAUGUAUCCUGUUCUUGUAUCCACUCCAUUUUAUUUUUCUUAGCCAUUUUGAUUUGUACCUUUCUCUUCAUUAAAAAAUCCCUUAAAAAGUUGUUCAAAAGCUAAAAGUGAUUAUAAUUUAAAUCACUGGUGACCAUCUGUACUGUCUUUGAAGUUCUUAAUAAUUUUACAUUAAAUGAUUUAUAAAUAUUAAAUUUUUAAGUAAUAUUUUUAUUCAACAUAUGUCUAAUUUCUAUUUCACUUGAAUUGAGACUACUAAUCAUGUUUCUUAUGCUAUAAUAACAUAAAUGAGAACAGAGUAAUAUAAAAAAUAAGUGUUUUUGGAGUAUUUUAAAAAAUAGCUAAAAAUGUCUUCUGUAGAAGAAUGACAUGCUGAUACAAUCUGAGGAUCUCGAGCAGUUACACUUACAGAUAAUAUUAAUGAUUCUGUAGUUGUGUGCAAUUAAUAAAAAACAGAUGAUAUCUAACUAUAUAGUAUAACAUGCUUUAAAAUUACUACUUGAUCCAUUUUCUGGCUUUAACAGCACCCAAUUUCAUAAUGAUAUAUGCUAUAAAAAUUGAGGAGAAAACUGUUAUUUUGCUAUGUAAAUGUUUAAAAAAAUAAAAUAACACUAAAAGUACAUUUUAAAGGUAUACUUAUAUCACACUAAAUAACUUGUAUUUUAAGUAUUUUAGGUUACAGAAACACCAGAUAGUGAGACAGUAAAAUAUAGUACUUAGUAAUCAAUGUAUGUAUUACUUCCCUUCUAUCUUUGAUCAUUUAAAGCCAAAUAAUGAAUAGCUGAAAAUGUUAUUUCAAGUAAUCAAAAUGUUACUGUAUAGUUAAUAAUUUAUAAAGUAAGGACAUGGUUUCUUACAUGAAAACCAGUAAAACUACAGGGCCAAAUAACUAAACAUAACUACAUUUUCAUUUCACUAAAUAUAAGAAAGGUACUGCUUUGAGCUAUAACAUAGAUAGGAUACAUCAAUUGCAGUGAAACUUUUUCCUUUUCCAACACAUCUUUAUUUUCAAAUUCAAGCAGUUAUCCAAAGUUAACUUAAAAAAUACUUUUUACUUGAGAAAAAAGACAUAUAGUUAAUUUUAAUUCAGCAUUCAACCUGUCUGAUUUUUACAUCUUACUCUUUUAAGCCCUGGACACAACUUUGGACAAAUACUCUUAAGAUUUAAAUUUGAGUUUUGCUGUUCUAUGAGUUUGAACUACAAUGAUUUCAGAGGACUCAUAGUCAUUUGCGAGAGAAGUCUCAAUAAAGUAACAGUGAGAAAUUUAUUAUAGGGACCCAUGAUAAAUUAGAUAAAUUAAAGCAAAAUAAAUCCUUAAAAAAAACUAGUGAAGAAAUUAAGCAUGG